AAAUUCUUCUAGGAUAAUUGUAAAUGUGCCAUCAACGACCCCUAGUCGAUUGACCGAAGUGUUUGUCUUAGUUGAUGUCCAUAUGAUAGGCUGAGAGCCCUGACACACCAGCUUCUUGCUCUUCCUCCUCACGCCGGCUUCAAGCAACGCUGUACCGCAUCCGCAAAGCGUUGCUCCGCCGGCGCCCGGCGCCGGCAUCCAUGGCUCGCCCUUCGCGGCUCUAUCUCCUCUCCUACAAUUCCCUCCAAUCCCUUGGAUGGUUCCUCGCCCUCCUCCGCCUCCUUCCCUGUCUUGCCCCUCCUCACUCCCUCCGCUCCGCGUACGCGGUCGCCGGCGACCUCAUCUGUGCCCUCCUCUUGCCUCCCCUCCUUUCGUUUCCCGUUCGUUCUAGUCUCAUCUGGAGUUCUGAAUUACUUUAUCAAUACUAUAUCCUAACACCGACGGCCUCUCAAGGCCAGCUACUACUGAUGCCGUUUGGUUCAGGACUGGUGCCCACCGCACCGCUUGCUGCUUUCUUGCAGUGGGGAGGGAGGACUCACUUCGUCCUCGCUAUUGUCCGGCAAAUUCCCGGGGUUGAGAGCAGUCCAUCUGUUUUCAUAACGUUUAUGGCCUGGAGCAUAUCUGAGGUCAUCUGCUAUUCUCACUAUGCUUUGACUGCCUUAAAAGUUUGUCCAUCAUGGCUGACUUGUCUCAGGUUCCACUGCUUUUAUCCGUUGUAUCCAAUCGGGGUCGGGCCAGGAGAAAUGUGGACUAUGUAUCAAGCUCUUCCAUUUGUGAAGGAGAGGAACCUCUACUCAGGUUUCUUUCAGAAGUUCUCCAUGAGCUACCAUUCCUUUCUCAUGGGUGUGCUGGUGUGCUAUCCGUUUUUGUGGCUGAAGCUGUACCUGCAUGUCUUCAAGCAACGCAAGUCCAAGCUGGGAAAGGUGAACAGGAAGAAACGAGCCUGGGAAAAAUUGGCUCAGCUCUGCUCAGGUGUCAAAUGUCAUUUGUCACCAGCAUGUGAAAUGCUAACGGCUCGGUGUGGAUUGUUAAGCGAUCUAGCAGCCGAUGCAGCAGUGAAGGCUUUUGCUGAAUCAACCAGCAACUUACUAUACUACAAGCAGUUUAGAGGAUUCUAUGUUCAUUUCAAGUGUUCUGCGUUGUAUGUUUGCCUGUAA